AUGGUGCUGGCAUGUGGCCAUCCUCAUAUAGUCACACUCCAUGACACGAUUGAAGACAGAAAGGCUGUUCACCUUGUCAUGGAGCUGUGCAGAGGGGGAGACCUCUUCGAUAGGAUCACAAAGUUCGGGCCGUAUUCCGAGGCAUCGGGAGCCAAGCUCUGCCAAGCUCUCACACACGCCGUGCUACACUGCCACUUGAACGGAAUUGUACAUCGGGACAUAAAACCUGAAAACAUCCUCCUUAUGGACGCUUCAGACGACACAAAUAUAAAGCUCGCGGACUUCGGAGCAGCGGCUUUUUUGACUGAAGGGGAGAUGAUUACAGAUGUGGUGGGGACACCCGAGUACAUGGCACCUGAAAUGUGGGGAGCAGUUUUUGACGAUUCCAAUAAGCUGGUAUCUACACCACGGGAAAAUGAAGUGAAAUAUGGUUCGGCAGUGGAUGUGUGGAGCAUGGGUGUGGUUAUGUACGCGGCAAUGAGCGGUGUACCGCCUUUCUGGGCAACAGCAGAGCGCACUGUAGCUGAAGCGGUGCUUACACGGCCGGUGGUUUUUCGUCCCGCCAAGUGGGGAGGGGUGUCGGAAGAAUGCAAGGAGCUUAUAGCGAGGAUGCUGGAGAAGGAUUGGCGGAAGCGCAUCACUCCUGUCGAAAUCCUUGGUAUGCCUCCCCCCCCCCCCCCGUCUUUCACAGAGUACCUUGGCUAG